UCUGUUUUGUGUUGUGUUCCAGAACUCCAAGAUGGGAGGCAAGCUGAGCAAGAAGAAGAAGGGGUACAAUGUGAAUGAUGAGAAGGCCAAGGACAAAGACAAGAAGGCCGAAGGAGCGGGGACGGAAGAGGAGGGGACCCCGAAGGAGAAUGAGACCCAGGCGGCUGCGGAGACCCCCGGGGUGAAGGAGGGCAAGGAGGAGAAGGCUGAGAAGGAUGCCCAGGAUGCUGCCAACAAGCCCGAAGACAAGGAAGCCGAGAAAGACACAGACGCGGCCAAGGCGGAUGCUCCGAAGGCAGAGCCUGAGCAGACGGAGGGAGCAGCCGAGGGGAAGCCGGCCGCAGCCCCCGCAGCCCCCGCAGACGAGGUCAAACCUGCCGAGGCCCCGGCCAUGAAUUCCGAUCAAACCGUGGCGGUGAAAGAGUAACAAGGACAGCCUAUGGGAAAAGAGAUCACAGCUUAGACACAACCUGUUUCUCUCUCUCUGUCUGUCUCUCUGUCUCUCUCCUAUACUAACUUGUUUCAAAUUGGAAGUCAUGAUAUGUAUUGCCCAAGAAAAAAAAAAA